CUAUUAACUAGGGGAAGACUUAAGCUCCAGCGACAGCCAGGGUAAAAAUACCUGAAUAAAGAAUCAAUCAAUCUUUGCUUAUCAUGGAAAAACUCAGAAUAAACUAUUAACAUCGACACCCUUCCUAAUAUGAAAGCAUUAGAUUCCUCUUAUUAUAAUCUAAAUGGCAAGCUGCUAUCACAUCACUUCUACAGUUGAAAUGUGCUUAUAAAGAAGGGCGUGUGCCCAACACACUCCAUAUCCAAUAACUAUUUUCUUGCAUUCCUCUUAUAAUUUCCUCCUACAGCAUGCCAGCCCUAGAACUUGAUCAACAGAUCAGAUCUGAAAGCUUCAAAAACAAUAAUAAUAUUGAAGCUACAGAAACAUAUGAAGAAUAUAAAGUUGAGGUUUUUGAUUAUACCAAGAGGGCACAGUGGCUUCGAGCUGCUAUUUUAGGAGCCAAUGAUGGGUUGCUCUCUACGUCUUCUUUGAUGAUGGGAGUUGGUGCUGUACGUAAAGACUCCAAGACCAUGGUCCUUGCAGGGAUCGCUGGUUUGGUUGCUGGUGCUUGUAGCAUGGCGAUUGGUGAGUUGGUCUCAGUUUACUCACAAUAUGACAUUGAAUUGACUCAAAUGAAGAGAGAAACAAUGGCAAAAGAUUUUGCCGAUCAUUACUUCGAGACUAUGAAAAAAAGUUUGCCUAAUCCCUGGCAAGCAGCUGGUGCAUCUGCGCUUGCUUUUGCUGUUGGGGCUGUCAUACAGUUGCUUGCUGCUGCGUUCAUAAAGUUCUAUGUGGUGAGGUUAGUUGUGGUGCUGGCUGUUGCGAGCUUGGCCCUGUUAGGGUUUGGUGCGUUGGGAGCCCUGUUGGGGGGUGCACCCAUGUUGAAAGCAUCGUUAAGGGUGCUGGUAGGAGGAUGGCUAGCCAUGGGAAUAACUUUUGGCCUCACCAAGUUGAUUGGCCGCACAGGACUCUAAUCCAUCUUCCAUAUUUAAUAGCUUUUCCUUACAUGUUUUUUCCUUUUGCUUUUCAUAGUUAUGAAUCAAUCAAAGGGUUCAACAUAUGCUUCUCCAUCCCAUAGCUUUUCCCUACAUGUUUUUCCCUUUUGCUUUUUCAUAGUCCAAGGGUUCAACAUGUACUCCUCCAUCCCAUAUAUAAGUGUCCUGUUUGUCUAUCUUUAGCUGUUUCAAACAAAAUGUCUUGUUUGAAAACUGGAAUAAAAAUUAUUUUUCCUUUCAUCUUAUUACCCUUA